UUUAGAUUAUAAAAAAAAAGAAAUAUAAUUUUGUAAUAGUAGUAAUAAAAGAAAAACAAUAGAAUGUCAGUUAAAACAGGCAAAGAAGCUCUUUUAUUAUGGGCACAAGUUAGAACUCAAGGUUAUCCAGGUAUUAAAGUUAAUAAUUUUACAGAUUCAUGGGGUGAUGGUUUAGCAUUUUGUGCUUUAAUCCAUUCCUAUGAAGGUGAUAAGUUAUUUAGUUAUGAAUCAUUAUCACCAGAAAAUAAAAAAGACAAUUUAGCAUUAGCUUUUGGUCAUGCCCUUAAACUUGGUGUACCUGAUUAUUAGGCCCAGACUAUUUAUUAAUUCCAGGUGGUUUAGAUAGAAGAAGUAUUAUGACAUAUUUAUCAGAAUUAUACCAUUAUUUUAAAAAAACAUACCCAGAAUCACCAGACGCACCUUACUCAAAGAAAAAUGGUAUUCAAAUAAAUCUUCAAGAGUUAUCAAGUGAACAAUUAACACAACUUUUAAUGAAAGAAAGAGAAAAGAAAGGUAUUAAGGCUAAACUUCCAAAUGGUGCAAAUCAACCACCAAAGAAAGAUCCAGCUCUUGUUGCAAAGAAAGCCGAAGAAGACAGAUUAAGAUUAGAAAAUAGAAAGAGAAUUGAAGAAGAGGCACGUGAAAGAAGAAGAAGAGAAGAAGAAGAAGAAAAAUAUAAACGUGAAGAAAUCCAAAAACUUAGACAGCUUAAUGAUCCAAAUGCCAAUAAUAAUGCCAUCCUUAAAAAUAGAAUUAAAGAAUUUGAAGAGCAAGAAAGAAAAGCAAGACAAGAAGAAGAAGAAAGAAGAGCUGCUAGACAACAACAACAAUCAUCUAAUAAGAGAAGCAGUGUUAGUUUAACCUAUCAACAAGCUGCUGCAGCUCUUUCACAUCCAGAUGAAAACCCAGUUCAACAAAGACAAAAAGAAUUGGAAGAAAUUAAUAGAAUGCGUAAAGAAAGACAUCUUUCUGGUGUUUCAAAUAAUCAAGAUGAAUCAUCGGGUAAUUCAAGACUAAAAGAAUUGGAAGAAAUCGACCGUCUUAGAAAAGAAAACAAGGGUCCAUUAGCUAACGGAUCAUCUACUGAGCAAGAUUAUGAAAAUAGAGUUUCAUCAAGACAAAGAGAAUUAGAGGAAAUUGAAAAAUCAAGAAGAGAGGCCAAUAGUAAUAAUGUAUUCCUUCAAAAUAAUGGUACAUCAGAAAGCAGAGUUUCAUCAAGACAAAAAGAGAUUGAAGAAAUCGAAAGAUUAAGAAAAGAAAAACGUCAAUCAGUUAGUUCAAUAAGCUCGUUAGCCUCUGAUGAAAAUGGUGGAAGUAGUACAACUGAAGGCCUCAAUCAACUUAAAAGUGCAAGACAAAGAGAAUUGGAAGAAAUCGAGAGAGAAAGAAAACAAAAAAGACUUUCGACAAUUGGUGGUGAUUCAUUUGAUGCAUCUGAUUUACAAAAAGCAAUUGAAGAAGAGGAAAAUAAAUUAAAGCAACAAGAAACUAUUGUAGAAGAACCAGAACCAGAACCAGAAAAAGAACCAGAGUUAACUAGAGAACAAAGAUUACAAAAACUAAUAGAAGAAAAAGAAAAAGAAGAGGCUGAAAUGAAAGAACGUGAACGUGAUCGUGAACAACGUCGUAUUGAAAGAGAAAGACGUGAAAAAGAAGAAAAAGAAAAAGAAGAAAAAGAAAAACUCGAACGUGAACGUGAACGUGAACAACGUCGUCUUGAAAAAGAACAACGUGAACGUGAACAGAAGAUUAAAGAAGACAGAGAAAGAAUCGAGCGUGAACGUGAAAAAGAAGAGGCUCGUGAACAACGUCGUCUUGAAAAGGAACAACGUGAACGUGAAGAAAGAAAACUCGAACAAAAGAUUAGGGAAGAACGUGAACGUGAACGUUUAUUAGAAAGAGAUAGAGAAAGGGAACAACGUCGUCUUGAUAGAGAAAAAGAAGAAAAAGAACGUGAAGAUCGUCGUCUUGAAAUUGAAAGAAUUGAAAAAGAAGAAAAAGAAAGAUUCCAAAGAGAACAAAAAGAAAAAGAGGAACGUGAAGCUAAAGAAAAGAAAGAAAAAGAAUUAGAAACCUACGAAGAACAACGUAAGAAACGUGAACAAGAAAGAAAAGCAAGAAAAGAACAAAUGGAAAGAGAAAUUGAAGAGGAGGCUAAAAGACUUGAAGCAGAAAGAGAGGCUAGAAGAAUUGCUAGAGGUGAGGAGCCAAGAUUAUCACCAGCCACUUCAUCAUCACCAACACCAAUUUCAAGUACCUCACCAUCAAACUCAAGUAGCUCACUUAUGAGUGGUACCUCUUCAUCUGGUAAUGAAGAAUUAGAAAAACGUAGAAGAGAAAGAGAGCAACGUCGUAUUGAACUUGAACAAGAAACUAUCAAACUCGAAGAGGAAAGAAAGAAAAGAGUUGAAGAAAGAAGACUCGAAAGAGAAAGAAGAGAAAGAGAACUUGAAGAGGAAACCAAAAGAAUGGAAGCUGAAAGAGAAGAAAGAAGAAGAAAGAGAGAAGAGGCAAAAAAUAAUAUAUAAUUUCAGCAGCACUUAUAACAUUUUUAUAUAAUAUAUUAAUAUAGUUUAAAAUUUAAUAAAUAAAUAUUAUUAAUUAUAAAUUAUAAUUUUUUAAAACUC